CAUACGGAUGAUACUAGCAUCAGGUCCUUCAUGUCGUGUCGAACGCGGAUUUAGCUGCAUCCGAUCCGAUUACAGUUUUGAGCGUCAAGACACCACUCUCUGCAACCUCUUCUCAUUCAUUCUUCGGUGACUUCCGGCUUAACAAGGUAUUAUUCAUCGCUGACACAGUCAAAACAGUGGCGACCAGCAAACGCCACCAUAGUGUGUAUAGGGUUUAGUGUUUGUCAGUGAUGAGCCUGUAGCUGUCUGACUAUUCUGUUUUCUUUGACAUCAAGUUUACAAUAUGCAGGUUUGAUGGGUGUGAUUGAUUUGUAUAGCUUAUCAUCUCAUUGUGUGUUCAAAACCCACCAGAGGCACCGUUCCAUUGCAUCAUUUGAAGAAAAUCGGAUGUUCGUCUGCAGUACGGGCUCGAGUAUACCUGUAAAACAUAAGCCUAGCCAGCAACGGUUGGCCGGGGAUGAUUUCAUCCGUCCUCAUCUGAGGAAAUUGUCUCCUUAUCAGCCUAUUCUACCCUUUGAGGUUUUGUCGGCUCACCUAGGAAGGAAGCCUGAGGAAAUUGUCAAAAUGGAUGCAAAUGAAAACCCUUAUGGUCCACCUCCAGAGGUGCUUGAAGCUUUGGCAUCAAUGAAAUUUCCUUAUGUUUAUCCUGAUCCUGAAAGCCGUCGCUUACGUGCUGCCCUUGCCGAAGAUUCAGGCCUUGAGUCUGACUAUAUCCUUGCAGGAUGUGGCGCAGAUGAGCUCAUUGAUUUAAUCAUGCGAUGUGUACUUGAUCCUGGUGACAAGAUUGUUGAUUGUCCUCCAACAUUUACAAUGUAUGAAUUUGAUGCAGCAGUUAAUGGUGCGCUUGUCAUCAAGGUGCCAAGGCAACAAGAUUUCAGCUUGAAUAUAGAACACAUUGUGGAAGUUGUUGAACAGGAAAAACCAAAAUGCAUAUUCCUAACUUCUCCUAACAAUCCAGAUGGGAGUAUAAUAAGUGAUGAUGAUCUCUUGAAGAUUCUUGAUCUGCCCAUACUGGUUGUGCUGGACGAAGCAUACAUCGAGUUUUCUGGAAUGGAAUCUAGGAUGAAAUGGGUGAAGAAGCAUGAGAACUUGAUUGUCCUUCGGACAUUUAGCAAAAGAGCAGGCUUAGCUGGACUUCGUGUGGGAUAUGGAGCAUUUCCUCUAAGCAUCAUUGAAUUUCUUUGGAGAGCAAAGCAACCAUAUAAUGUCUCUGUCGCUGCUGAAAUUUCUGCAUGUGCAGCACUGCAAAAUCCCCUCUACCUGGAGAAAGUGAAGGAGGCUUUGGUGCAAGAAAGGGAGAGGCUGUAUAAGGUCCUGAAGGAAGUUCCAUUUCUGAAACCAUAUCCAAGCUAUUCCAAUUUCAUUCUUUGUGAGGUUACAUCUGGAAAGGAUGCUAAGAAGCUAAAGGAUGACCUUGCACAAAUGGGGGUGAUGAUCCGCCAUUAUAGCAAGAAAGAACUCAAGGGUUAUGUUCGGGUUUCUGUUGGGAAGCCUGAACAUACAGAUGCUUUAAUGAAGUGUCUCAAAAUCCUGAGUUGAUUCAUUCCCGGAGCGGCUGGAUGCUCAAGAUUUCCUAUAUGCGGUAUAGCUCCAAUCAACUUUUGGAGGGCAAGUUAAAAACUAGCCAAGAAUUCCGUUUCUCCAAAUGAAUUAGUUCAACUUUGUUUAUUGUUGUUGUUAUUGUGUUAUCACGACAAUUAUUGUGAUGAUAUUAGGUUCAAGGUUCAAAUCCUUGGUAUUGCAGAGAGUAAUUGGUGAAGUGCUUUUUAAGAUAGAUAUUGGAGAAGACGAAAUCCGUCGUCACAGCC